AUGGCCCAGACGCUGCAGAUGCAGAUCCCGAACUUCGGCCACAGCAUUCUGGAGUGCCUCAAGGAGCAGCGGCUGCAGGGCCCAUACUGUGAUGUCUCGGUGGUGGUCAAGGGCCCUGCCUUCAAGGCCCACCGGGCCGUGCUGGCCGCCAGCAGCUCCUACUUCCGGGGCCUGUCCUACAGCAGCCGGAGUGCGGUGAUGGAGCUGCCGGCGGCUGCACAGCCCCAGUCCUUACAGCAGAGCCUCAGCUUCCGCUACACGGGCCGGCUGAGCAUGAACAUGGGCGACCAGUUCCUGCUCAUGUACACAUCGGGCUUCCUGCAGAUCCAGGAGAUCAUGGAGCAGGGCACAGAGUUCUUCCUCAAGGUGAGCUCACCCCGCUGUGACUCCCAGGGCCUGCACGCCGAGGAGGGCCCCUCGUCCGAGCCUCAGAGCCCUGUGGCGCAGACGUCGAGCUGGCCGGCCUGCGGCACCCCACUGCCCCUCGUGUCUCGCGUCAAGACGGAGCAGCAGGAGUCGGACUCUGUGCAGUGCACGCCCGUGGCCAAGCGGCCGUGGGACAGCAGCCAGAAGGAGGCCGGCGGUGGCUGCAGUGGCAACGGCGGCCGCAAGAUGGCCAAGUUCUCCGCGCCGGACCUGGUCGCCAACCGGCAACCCCAGCAGGCCCAGGCGGUGGCGGCGGCACAGUGCGCCAGAGCGGCUGGGGGCGGGGCGGCAGCGGCAGGCGGAGUGGUGGUGAGUGGUCCCAGCACGUCGGAGCGGACCAGCCCGGGCAUCUCAAGCGCUUACACCAGCGACAGCCGCGGCUCUUACCACGAGGAGAAGGAGGAGGACGCGGGCGAGGAGGGCACAGACGAGCAGUACCGGCAGAUGUGCUAUAUGUCCGCCACGUACCGCAUGAUGAAUGUAGGCCAGACCGCCGAGAAGGUGGAGGAGGCCCUCCCUGAGCAGGUAGCCCCCGAGUCCCGGAAUCACAUCCGAGUGCGGCAAGACCUGGCGUCUCUCCCUGCUGAGCUCAUCAACCAGAUCGGCAGCCGCUGCCACCCCAGGCUCUAUGAUGAGGGUGACCCCUCUGAGAAGCUGGAGCUGGUAACAGGCACCAGCGUGUACGUCACCCGGGCGCAGCUCAUGAACUGCCACGUCAGCGCGGGCACGCGGCACAAGGUGCUGCUGUGGCGCCUCCUGGCCUCCUUCUUUGACCGGAACACGCUGGCCAACAGCUGUGGCACCGGCGUCCGCUCUUCCUGGAACAGCUCCAGCAGCAAACCGCUGGAUGGUCGCGUCCUCCAGGCUGUCAAGUACUACUGCCAGAACUUUGCUCCCAGCUUCAACGAGAGCGAGAUGAACGCCAUCGCAGCCGACAUGUGCACCAACGCCCGCCGUGUGAGGAAGAGCUGGACCCCCAAGGUCCAGCUGCUUAUGGCCGAGGGUGACGCCUACACCACCUUCGUCAGCUACACGGGCAAGAUAGAGCCGGACAAGAGGGGUGUGGAGCACGGCUUCGAGACGGCCAGCCAUGACGGCGAGGCCGGCCCCUCGGCUGAGGAAGCCGUCCAGUACCCCCCCACCGGACUCUCCCGCGGGGCCGUCACACUCCCCCUCCUGUCACACCCGCCCGCCAUCUUGGGGACGAGCUACUGUCUGUCCUUCCCCAGGACCCGCGGGGGGCACUGCAUGCUCCGGCCCCUCUGCCCACCCCCCACCCCCCGUCCCACCCCCUGA